AUGGGAAGGUCACCGUGUUGUGAGAAAGCUCACACAAACAAAGGAGCAUGGACGAAAGAAGAGGACGAGAGGCUCAUAUCUUACAUCAAAACUCAUGGUGAAGGCUGCUGGAGAUCUCUCCCCAAAGCCGCCGGCCUUCUCCGGUGUGGCAAAAGCUGCCGUCUCCGGUGGAUCAACUAUCUUCGGCCUGACCUAAAGCGUGGAAACUUCACCGAGGAUGAGGACGAGCUCAUCAUCAAGCUCCAUAGCCUUCUUGGAAACAAAUGGUCGCUUAUUGCCGGGAGAUUACCGGGAAGAACAGAUAAUGAGAUAAAGAAUUAUUGGAACACACAUAUACGAAGAAAGCUUAUAAACAGAGGGAUUGAUCCAACAACUCAUAGACCAGUCCAAGAAUCAUCAUCAGCUUCUCAAGAUUCUAAACCUACACAACUAGUGGAACCAAUAAAUAGUAACACCAUUAACAUCUCCUUCACUUCUUCCUCUUCUACUCCAAAGAUGGAAAACACAAGUUUUCAAGUAAAAUCAGAGAAAGUCUCAAUGCUUACGUUCAAAGAGGAAAAAGAUGAGAGCACAAUUCAAGAAAAGUUGCCAGAUUUGAAUCUUGACCUCAGAAUCAGUCUUCCUGAUGUUGUUGAUCAUCGUCAUCAUCAAGUCUUGGUCGUCGGAGAGGGAAAGUCAACAAGGGCGCGUUGUUUCAAGUGCAGUUUAGGGAUGAUAAACGGCAUGGAGUGUAGAUGUGGGAACAUGAGAUGUGAUGUAGUUGGAGGUAGCAGCGGCAGUACUGGCAAGGGGAGUGACAUCAGCAACGGAUUUGAUUUUUUAGGGUUGGCAAAGAAAGAGACUACUACUUCUCUUUUUGGUCUUCGAAGCUUGGAGAUGAUAUAA